CACUGUUUUAUAAGGAGAUGAGUACCAAUCCAAUUGAACCCUUACAUUUGCUUCUUUUCAAGUUUCAUGGUUGGAAGUUUCCAAGAUCAAAAAUCGAAAAAUAUGGGUCGUCCAAAAUUGAUCUUGAAACCCAUCACAAAUAAGAAAGAUCGUGAUUUAGCUUUGAUGAAGAGAAAGAAGGCAUUAAUGAAGACAAUAUCUGAAUUUUGUAGUGUGUGUGGAGUGAAAGCUUGUUUGAUUAUAUAUGAUGGCAAAGGUGAUUCUCCGCCAUUGACUUGGCCCCAAGACCCCAUUGAGAUGCACUCCAUCAUCCAGAGGUAUGAGCGUAUAAUGUUUGAGAAAAUUCCCAAGAACUUUGAUCUCAAUAAUUUUUUUGAGAUUAGGAAGAACACGGUUGACACUGAGAUUUCCAAAGUUCAAAGAGAGAUCCUUGACAUCAAAUAUCCCACUUGGCAUCCAUGCUUCAACAACCUUGGUGCUGAAGAAUUGAAGAAUUUCAUAGCUGGAUUGGACACUAAGCUUGAAGCUUGUAAUCAACGAACAAUGAUGUUCAAAUGCAAGAAACAAAAUGAAGCACAAUUCAUCAAUUUCAAGCAAUGUCUGAUUCAACCAGAUUGUGUUGCUCCAAACCCAAUCCAACCGAGUUUCAUGCAGGAUAUCUUCCAAAACCAACUUCUUCUUGCUCCAAUGAACACACUUAAUUGUAACCUUGCACCAUCUUUCCAAUUCAAUCUUGAAAAAGGCUCUAGUUCUCAAUCCCUAAAGCUGAAUUUUGAUCCAAAUCUCAUGCGAUUGAAGGCAGAGAACAGAGGGAUGGUGGAUACAGCCAAUGCAUGCCAAAUUGAUGGGCUUGAAAAUCCUUCAAAUAAAUUUGAUGUGCCUUCUGAUCUACUUGAUGAGUCUAUGAAUCUUUUUGACCAAUUUGGUGAAAUACAAAGUUUGAAUCAACAUUGGGGGAAUAUUCAACAUGAUGCACAUAUGAUUGGAGGAAGUAUCACAACAAUGAAUGGAAAUCAAUGCAAUCCAGAGUCCUCUCUUUGCAAUUACAAUGGAGUUAUGCAAUUCUAUAACUAUGAUGCAUCAUUGCAGAAUAUUGGUUUUCAGUAACAGAAUCUGCAGCAAAUGGUAAUUUUGCCUCACUUCAACUAUGAGUAGAUAAAUAUCAUAUAGAUCACAACAUCAGAUAGCUUCAAAAUCUGUUAUCCUAACACAUCACUUAGAUAAUAUUUGUUCAUAUUUCUUCUGUUUUCAUCCAUCUUUGUGUUA